CGGCACAGAACGAGUGCAUCGACAGAGAGCGCCUCAGCCGAGCCGCUCAAUGCUCUCAAAUGUAAUGAUCUUUUUGGUGUCCCAGACGAUGAACAAUUAUCCCCACACACGCCUGUACGCACACCUCUCUCCACCUCCUUUCGUCUCUGACACUGGAUUUUAACAUUUCUCGUGGCAUGCCGUUUGCCAAUUCCCGUAUUCCUCCCAACUCCCUCACUCCACGACUCGAAAUGGGACUCAGGUGGCUCGUGCCAACCGUAGACAGCAAGGUCCACCUUUCCGCGAAACGCUGGUCGAGUUUCCGAUAGAGGACGGCUCGGCAUUUGUUGAGACAACCAUUGUCUCGCCCAUGACAUUCCAUGAGCCUAGCAAUCCACUCGCUCGCAGCUCCAAUCGAUUGGCGGUAUUCCUCCACCCAUGGGGUCGUGCAGGGGGUAAUUCCUCCGAUCCGGUGCUUCUCUCGCUCGUAACGACAUUCAUAGAGCGUGAUUGGCACAUCAUCUUGUAUAACUCAAGGGGUGUUGGCCAUUCGGGCGGGAGUGUAUCCUUCACAGCCAUAGCCGAAUCGCAAGAUUUACGGGAUGUCGUUCAGUAUGCUCUGAAGGAGAUAGAACAAGUAACUGAAAUUCUCCUCCUUGGUUAUUCAUUUGGGACAUUACCGGUAACAAUGCAUCCCCUCCGAUUACCAUUUUCUCCACACAUCUCGCCCGAUCUCACCAUUCGCCAUGUCCUGUUAUCAUACCCGCUCUCUGUGCUCUGGUUCCUCACAUUCUUCCAUUCUGGGACAUAUGCAAAUGCUCUGAAACAGCUUCUGGGAGAUCCAGGCUCUGACGUGCUCGUGAUACACGGGGAUGCCGAUCAAUUUACGAAAUACUCCAAAUACGAGGCCUGGGUAGAGGAGCUGAAACGCAUCAAAGACGUCCAAUUCGAUGCCUCGGAUCCGUGUUCACCUUCUCCGAAAGAAAUCGACUCGACCACUUCAGGGCAUCUUCGCACUCCGUCGUCGAGCAGUAUCGGUUCGGUCGCUCAAAGUAUUACCUCAUCAGGGUCAGGCACCAUCAGGAACGCGAGAAGCAGCGGUGGCGGGCGUCUCACGGUCUAUACUGUCAAGGGAGGCGACCAUUUAUGGCGGAAGCCCGAGCACAGAAAAGAAUUACGCACCGUUUUGGCGAAAUGGUUGGAUAGCAGGUAUGCUCCGUUGACACCCAGGUCAACUGUGGCACGCACCGGCAGUGUGAGCCGAAAAACGACAAUCGAGAAUUUCAAUGGGUCAAGUGAAACGGAUGUAUAGGAGAUUCUCCUUUUGCUUGAUGGGCUUCCCCAGGGGUUUUAUGUGGAGGCGAUUGAGGACGAACAUUUCAUUUCAUUUCCUUUCCAAUUGGGUUUUUUUUUUUUGG